GAUGUAAACAAUCGCCAAAUCUACACGUAACGUGAUUUUUCUUAUCGCUCCAUGGCUCUUGUAUCUCGUUUAUUUACCUCACCGUCCUACUCCAGACAGGUAAUUCUUCUUGUACGAGCGAGAUGUAGCAGUUUAGCAAGUAGGUCUCUUCAGCCUGCAAGAUCCAGCAAGAGCAAUGGCGGUGUCAAUUGUUCUUGGCGAUUUUUCAGCUCUUCUUCGGCACUGCUGAGAAAUGCCGGCUUGAAAACAGCCGAGAAAGUCAAACCCAAAUUGAAAUCGGAAGAAGUACGCCGGCUCAUCGGUUUGGCAAAACCAGAAAAAUAUAGAUUGCUUGGUGGAAUAGGGCUUCUGUUUGUCUCUAGUGCAAUCACCAUGGUUAUCCCUUUUGCUAUUGGCAAGGUCAUAGAUAUCAUUAGCGCCAAUCAAGAAUCCAUGGUGGAGAACCUCACAAAUGUGUCACUUAUUCUCGUUGGCAUCUUCAUCUUUGGAGCUGCUUGUAACUUUGGGCGUACUUAUCUCAUGAGCGUGGCAGGUGAGAGGAUCACUCAGACAAUGAGAAGGAAUGUUUAUGCUGCCAUAGUCGAACAAGAUGUCAAAUUCUUUGACAAGAACCAAACAGGAGAGUUGGUCAACAGACUCUCUACUGACACUACCCUAGUCAGCAAGUGUGUCACAGCUAACCUUGCAGAUGGAAUCAGAUCUAGUGCAUUAGUAGUUUCCGCUAUUUCCAUGAUGUUUUACACGUCUCCACAAAUAGCCCUAGUCGGUUUAUCAAUUGUUCCACCGGUCGCAGGACUGACCAUUGUUUACGGCCGCUUUGUCAAAAAAAUUACUAAAAAAGUUCAGGAUGCGUUAGCUCAAGCCACUCAAGUAACCGAGGAACGAAUUUCAAACAUUCGGACAGUGAGGGCGUUUGGCCAAGAGAAACGUGAAUUCGAUCGUUACAACGAGCAGAUUGAUCAUGUACUCACGCUUGGAUACAAAGAGGCGAAAGCUAGGGGAACUUUUUUCGCUUUGACGGGGUUCGCGGGAAACGCAAUCAUCAUUUCGGGUCUUUAUUACGGUGGCUUGAUGGUGGCGGAUUCGUCGCUGACGGUUGGCCAACUUUCCGCCUUUCUCCUCUACGCUGCCUAUGUCGGAAUUUCGAUGGGCGGUCUCUCCUCAUCUUACUCGGAAAUGAUGAAGGGCCUGGGCGCAUCCACCCGUAUUUGGCAACUGAUUGACACACGGCCGGAUAUUCCCAUUUCUGGUGGCCCUGUCAUCCCGGCCGGGCAAUUCGAAGGCUCUAUCCGGUUCCGUGACCUUAGCUUUGCUUAUCCGACCAGAUUCGACGUUCCUAUUUUCAACAAUUUAAAUUUGAGCAUACCGGCCGGGUCGGUGACGGCUAUUGUCGGUUCCAGUGGCUCAGGAAAGAGUACCAUAGCAGCACUUCUACUCCGUUUCUACGAUCCCACCAGCGGUCAAGUGCUGGUUGACAAUCAUUCGAUUAAAGAUUUGGAUCCACAAUGGCUCCGAGCAAACAUCGGCACAGUUAGUCAGGAACCCUCUCUGUUUUCGUGUUCCAUACGGGAAAACAUUCUGUACGGAGCGAUCGAUCCUAACUCUGUCAGCGAAGAACAAGUCAUUCAAGCAGCCAAAGAGGCCAACGCCUGGUCCUUCAUUCAGAAAUGUCCUCAGGGACUAGACACAGUCGUCGGCGAACGAGGUGUCCUCCUCUCGGGUGGCCAAAGGCAGAGAAUAGCCAUCGCACGGGCCAUCGUCAAAAAUCCUCGCAUCCUAUUGCUGGACGAAGCCACAAGCGCUCUGGACGCUGAGAGCGAAUCGCUCAUCCAAGAGGCGCUCGAACGCGUCACGAAAGGCCGGACGGUGUUGACCAUCGCCCACAGACUGUCGACCAUCCGCAAGGCGUCGCAAAUCGCUGUGCUGGAACACGGCCAAGUGGUCGAGCUGGGCACCUACGAAGCUCUCGUGUCCAUCCCCGACGGAGUGUUUAAGAAAUUAGUUGAACUCCAGACGAUCGGCUUAGCUGCUGCUUAAUUCAAAAAAGAGAAAAACAAAAGUUUAUGUUUCCUUUUUUACUCCGCUCACUACUAUAAUUUGGGAAAACAAUUAACCGUUCAAUCAACAUAUUGUUCUUAUGUAGAUAAGAGAUUUUGGGUAUAUAGAGAAAACAAAUAUAUUUGACCUAGGGUUUUUUUUUUGAUUCUACUCUUGGUUGUUUUGUUACUAGUUGACGAUGUCAACGCUAGCUGACGCAAUCGGUUGACAAACCAUUUUUAGUAAACAGACGUGAGAGUAAAAAAAGAAGGUGGUGAAUUGGUGAUGACAUUUCCCACUUUAAUCAAAGUGGAAGAAUUUUAGGAUAUCGAAUUUGUGUGUGUAAGAUGGACAGCUAUACUCCAAAUGUCACACAGCACAUAGAAGCCCUAGGGGGUUGGGUUUCUGUAGGAUAUAUUGGAGGAGUCACAUCUUCCCUUUUGCUUUGUCUCUACAUGUCCAAUGUGUUCAUUUUUAUUAAGAAGAACCCGUCAUGGGCGAGAAGACACCAAGCCUGGAUUACGUCCCUUCCAAUGGCAAUCUCAUUUAUUUCAUUGGCAUCGUUUUUCGUCCCUCGAGCCACCAUUAUGUGUGAGACCAUCAAAUUCAUAUACAUGUCGUUUAUUAUGGUGCAGUUCUUUGAAACUGUAAUCGUAAUUGGCGGAGGCGAGGAGGUUCUACUAAGGGUCCAAAAUGGCAAUAAGUGGUAUGUGAUUACAUUCUCGCUCUUCUGCAAAAAACUGCAGUUCAUUCAAUUCAACAUAACCAAAAAUCGGCUGCGCAUAAUUGGUGGGCUGAUCUAUCAGGCCUUCGUCUCCCAGCUGAUAUUAACAUUUAUAGUGGCCAUUCUGGAAAUCGCGGAAGUCCUGCGACGUGAUACGGGCGAUGCAAUCUUUCGGUUUUUUCUUAUUCUGAACGUGUUGAGCUCUACUCUCGGAUUGGUGUUUUUCAAUGCUCUCAAUGUUGGUCUCAGUGCUCAUCUCAACUCGAACUGGCCAAAGUUUACG